AUGCGUUGCCUUGAGUGCUGGUCGGAAAUCGAUGGCCAGGUCGCUGUCUUUACGAAAUCAUGUCAUCAUGUUUUCUGUAUGAUUUUCGUUCCAAUCCAUCUCACCGCGGCGAUGUAUGCGCACCGUUGUGCACUUGCAUGUCUCAUCCUAACAGAGCCAUCGUUUUCAAUCUCCUCUUCUAUUGUUUCUAGGUGA